AUGGCGGCGAACCUGGACUUCAUACUUGGCGCAGACAAGGUGGCGGGGGACAUCCUGGACGUGGUGGCGCAGGAACUAUGGGGCCAUCCAAUCCUCAAGACCGAUGAAGACAUUUGCCAGCUAGACAGAAGCUGGUGGCGAGAUGGUCGGUGUAGUCGUUCCAUCAUUGAGGGUUUGGCGCCGCUGUUGCUCAAGAAGCUGCUGGUCCGUGCUUUGGCGCAGCCUCUCGUUGCGACUUGGAAACUCUCCCGACUGGAGGAGAACGGCUGGAAGCUCUCUUACAUUUCUGCCAUCACGUUCGUUGGCUUCAUUUGCCGACCUUUUGUCACUCGAAGCCUUGUGUGCAGGCAGUCCUAUCAGCACGGGGGCUGUGCUCCAGAAGAUGCACCUCAUGAAGAAAAAUAUGGCAAGGUGCUGAGCAAGAAGAUGCACGCCAGCGGCAAGCUGUUUCGGAAGUUGGGGCAGAAGUGGAUUGGCGCUGUGAUGACCGCGAGACAAGAGCUGGGCAUGAAAGGCUUUUGCGCGGUAGGCGGCAAGAGUGCUCAGGGCAAGGCGCUCUAUGCGCUUUGUGCAGCAUAUCCGACCAGUUUCGAUGUUGCGAAAAUCAACGACAAGCAUAAUGUGCUGGCGCAUGGCUCUGCGAACGGCCUAGGUUUCCGCUUCCACACCGUCGGCCUCGGUGAGCCCUGGAAGGGAUUUGCCACGAAGUUUCUGGCCUACGAGCGGACACUGCGCCGCCUGCUGGACACGACGCUUCAGCCCGAGGAUUUGGUAAUGCUCCUGGAUGCCUGGGACACAGUAAUCCUGGCACCUGCUGAUGAGCUCCGGGCCAAGCUUACAGCGAUUCCUCCCAAGACCAUCCUCGGGGGCACGGAGCGUGUUUGCGGCCCGAACCACUUCUUGGUUGCACAGAUGGAAGCCCUCUACCCGGAUGGCACGACGCCUUGGCGUUACCCCAACUCUGGUGGACUCGUGGGCCCGGCAGAGACCAUGGCGGAUUUGCUCCACGGCCUCAUCUAUGACACAGACGGCGGUGAGUCGCUGCCUGCAGAGGAGAACGAUCAGGUCAGGCUCCACGACUUCCUGAUUGCUCGGGCAGCGCGCGGGAGCCGGUAUCCCUUUGUGCUUGAUACGCAGUGUUCCGUGUUCCAGUGUAUGUACGAGGAGCAGCCGCAGUGGGAUGUGACUUGCGACAGCGACACCUCUCCUCCACAGCCGCGGAUAGUGAACCGACAGACACUUCAGAGGCCAGUUGUUGCCCAUGGGAACGGCCACACAGGGCGUUGGUUCCUCUCUGCUUUGUAUAGCGAGAUGAAGCUUUUGGACCAUCUGGGCCUCCGCAUGGAAGAGCUACAGCACCUGCAGCACGAGAUGCCCGUGCCUCCGGGCACCGAGGUUACCGAAGAGAUCAAGGCUGAAUAUUGCCCUUGGUGGUACAUGCCAGGAGUGCACAAAGGCGCAACUGACGGCUUUGCUACAUUCAGGAUGAUUCGCGAGAUGCAGUGCGGGCCAGCAAGGCAGAGAUAG